GUUCCACAAAGGAAUUGAUUGAGAGCUGCUGUGGAGCUGGACAACAGUGGGCUAUAGACAACGGGGAGUGCACAGAAAUCCCUGUAAGUGGAACGGAUGGUGAUAUUUGCAGGAUUGCUCAGAAGCAGUGCUGUGUCUCCACCGUGAAGGAGAACAGCUGCCUGGCUGGCAUGAUUGCUGCGAAGGAAGGAGACGUGUGCGGGCCAGAGGAAAGCAAUCCCUGCGGAGGCUCACCCUAUAAGCAAUGCUGUGACUGCUGUAAUCUGGGCCUGCGAUUGAGGAGCGAGGGGAAAACCUGCGAGUCCAACAUAAACCUGGGCUACCCCUGCAGUCACGUGAUGCUGUCCUGCUGUGAAGGGGGAGAUCACUUCAUCCAUCCAGAAAUAAGGAGACAUCCUGAACCUUUGCCAACAGUGACACCUGAGAAGGUUUCAGAGACAGAAGAUCACAAUGAAGCUUUGUCCAUUGGUAAUGAAGCUGAACUGUCAAAUAACCUGCCGGGAGAUGACCUGGAUGAAUGUCUUAUCUAUGGAGGGGAACUCUGUCAGCAUUUGUGUAUAAACACCGUGGGGUCCUACAAGUGUUCGUGUUUUCCAGAGUUCACUUUGCAAGAUGAUGGGACCAGCUGCUCUCCAGAUCCUGACAGAGGACCGGUGACAAGGCUGGAAGCAGAAGCCACCAUCCCUCCAGCAGCCUCUCCUUCUCAGCCUAUUCUGAUCGUGUCCUUACAAGAAGAGCAGGAUAAGUGUAAAGAUAAUGGCCUCUGCAAGCACAUCUGCAAUGUUGUGGAAGGAAAUGUUGUAUGCUCUUGUUUAUCUGGUUAUACGAUCAUGGCUGAUGGGAUUUCUUGUGAAGACAUAAAUGAGUGUGUAACAGAUAUGCACACUUGCCAGCGUAGAGAGCACUGCGUCAACACGGUGGGAUCAUUCAAAUGUCUCCAGGAACUGAGCUGUCAGCCAGGUUAUGAACUUAAGGAUGGAGAAUGUGUUGAUAUUGAUGAAUGUGAGCAAGGAACUCAUAGUUGUAAAGUAAACUUCGUUUGUCAGAAUACAGAAGGAUCGUUCUACUGUGAGUCAAAGCAGCGCUGCAUGGAUGGAUUUUUACAAGACCCUGAGGGAAACUGUGUUGAUGUUAAUGAAUGCACAUCUCUCCCUGAGCCGUGUAAACCAGGAUUCAGCUGCAUCAAUACCGUUGGGUCUUACACCUGCCAAAGGAACACGCUGACGUGCAGCAGAGGCUACCACUCCAAUGAGGAGGGAACCCGAUGCAUCGAUGUGGAUGAAUGUCAGACUGGUGUACACCGUUGUGGUGAAGGGCAGAUUUGUCAUAAUCUUCCUGGGGCUUAUCGCUGUGACUGCAAGCUGGGAUAUCAGUACGACGCCUUCAGCAGAAGCUGCAUGGAUAUAAAUGAGUGCUGGAAUUACCCUGGACGCCUGUGUCAGCACACGUGUGAGAACACCCCUGGGUCCUACCACUGCACUUGUUCUUCUGGUUUCCGCUUGUCUUAUGAUGGGAAGCAUUGUGAAGAUGUGAAUGAAUGCGACACUAGUCCCUGCAGCCAGGAGUGUGCCAAUGUGUAUGGCUCCUAUCAGUGUUACUGCAGGCAAGGCUUCCAGCUAGCAGAAGACGGGCAUUCGUGUAAAGAUAUUGAUGAGUGCACACAGAGUGCAGGAAUUCUUUGUACUUUCCGCUGCAUGAACGUUCCUGGUAGUUAUCAGUGUGCUUGUCCUGAGCAGGGAUAUACCAUGGCAGCAAACGGAAGAACCUGUCGAG